GGGAUACAAGACGAGUAAUGGCACCUGGGACGUAGUCAAGGCAAUGAGGAACUAUGGGAUACCCCAGGAUGUACAGUGGAAUGACAUUGAUUACAUGAAUGGUUCGCGGGAUUUCACCUUUGACCCUGAGCGAUUUUCCACUCUCCCAGAAAUGGUGAAGGACCUGCAUAAAAAAGGGCAACGCUAUGUCAUGAUCCUGGACCCUGGUAUCAGUAGCACCCAGCCCCCAGAAUCCUACUGGCCUUACGAUGAAGGACUGAGGCGGGGAGUCUUUAUCAAUGACUCGGAUGGGAACACGUUAAUUGGGAAGGUUUGGCCAGGGCUUACAGCUUUCCCUGACUUCUCGAACCCAGAUACACACCAGUGGUGGUACGAAAAUCUCCAGAAGUUCUACACCCAAGUCCCUUUCGAUGGGCUUUGGAUUGAUAUGAAUGAGCCAUCAAACUUCUUUGAUGGAUCACUUAACGGCUGCCCCUCUAAUGAUUUGGAAAACCCACCUUACACCCCUGGGAUUCUUGGAGGUACACUCCGGGCAAAGACGGUCUGUGCCUCUGCCGUUCAGAAGUUGUCAGUCCAUUAUAACUUGCACAGCUUAUACGGUUUGAUGGAGGCUAUGGCUUCUGCCAGCGCCUUGAGGAAGAUCGUGGGGAAGCGCCCCUUUGUGAUCUCGCGCUCCACGUUCCCCAGUCAGGGGCGAUACUCCGGACACUGGCUGGGGGACAACGGGAGCAAGUGGAAGGACCUGUCCAUGUCCAUCCCAGGCAUCCUGAAUUUUAAUCUUCUGGGCAUCCCCCUGGUUGGCGCGGACAUCUGUGGGUUCAGCGGCAGUACGACAGAAGAGCUGUGUGUUCGCUGGAUGCAGCUGGGGGCGUUCUACCCCUUCUCCCGCAACCACAACUCCAUCGACCAGCAGCCUCAGGACCCAGCGUCCUUCAGUCCCCUGGCCCGGACCGCAAUGAAGGAGGCCCUGCUGCUGCGCUACAGCCUGUUCCCCUUCCUCUACACCCUGUUUCAUCGUGCCCACGUCGAGGGCUGGACGGUGGCGCGCGCUCUUCUGUUCGAGUUUCCUGAUGAUGUGAAGACCUAUGCCAUUGACAGACAAUUCCUGUGGGGACGAAGCCUCCUUGUGACCCCAGUGUUAGAUCCUGGAGUUGAUUAUGUUGUUGGAUAUUUUCCCAAAGGGCUGUGGUACGAUUACUACACGGGCGACUCGUUAAGAAGCGCUGGGGAAGAGGUGAAGCUACAGGCCCCCUUGGACAAAAUAAAUCUUCACGUCCGAGAGGGCUCUGUGAUACCCACUCAGACCCCCAAUACCACACUGUGGAUCAGUACUGGCAACCCUCUCCACCUGGUUGUAGCUCUGUCGGACGACAGCACAGCCGAAGGAGACCUCUUCUGGGAUGAUGGAGAGAGCAUCGACACCUACGAGACGGACCAGUAUGCUUACAUCGUCUUCAGUGCCUCACAGAAUAUGUUCACUUCCAAAGUGCUUCAUGAGAAUAUAGAGGCGACCUACAUUACAGUGGAAACGGUGUCGUUCUUUGGAGUCAAACAGAUGCCAUCAAAUGUUACUGUGAAUUCAAAAGAAACUCCAUUCACCUACAAAACCAACCAGGUUUUAACCGUGAGUAACCUGGUUCUCAAUCUGGGCCAAGAGUUUACAAUCAGCUGGAUCUAAACCAUUAAGACCCACGAGGGAUGUCUGCUCUCGUCUGUUCAUGACACUGGAUCUUUUGCUGCUACUUUUUGUGAUUUUUUUCUGAUUAUGGCUUUUUAUUUUAAAAAGGCUGACAAGUGUAAGGAUUGUUUACUUAGCAAAUGUAUCUUAUCAUACAGAAAAUGAAACCGUAAGCACUAGUAUUUAGCAGUGGGAAUAUUUUAAUAAAAAUUCUAUCCUUAGAGUCUCAGGGGAUAGCACAUGGUAUCAUAGGGCAGCAGGUCUGUUUAUGUGGUAAAAAUAGAUACAUUGAUUAAAAUGAUUUCAAGUGUUACGUUUUCCAUUCAAUAGCACCAUUUAGGUUCCUAUUUUGACAUUCACUUUCUUUUCGGAGAAUUUUUAAUUGCACUAAAACACCCGUCUGAUGGUUUAACAAUUCAUUUUCAAUUGAAUGUAAAAAUGGUCAGUAUUUUCAGGACCUUGAGUGUUGCUUGAGUAAGCCUUUUCUUUAAUUCGGAGAGGAUUGCUGUUAGAGUUUGAAAACAAAAAUGGUACCAGAGAUCACAGGAGCUAUAUUUUCUGUACAUUAGACCUUAGAUUAUGGUAACUGCAUAGUGCCUUGAAGUCAUCCAAGUGUUAAAGCUAAUCUAAAUCAGAUUAUAUAUCUAGGUAUUGUUGAUUUCUAGAUGCAAACUAAGAAAUUGCAUUUAAUAGCGCCAUUUCAGUCUCAAUUUUUGCAAUAUAUUUUAAUUGUGCAAGAUUUAAAGUGUUCCCAAAAUGAGUCUAAUAUGAUUUAUUAAUAAAAUGUUGUUUAUUUAAAGACGAUGUAUGAAGAGCACAACUGCUUGAUUAUGUGGUUUCAAUAACUUCCAGAUUUCUUUGAAUCAAUCCGGCAAGACAAUGCUAAGAAAAAGCCAUUUUAUUUUUAUAUGUAAAAGUCUAAAAUAAAUGUAUUGCAAAUAAAUUGUCAUUCUUAAUUCGUUUUAAUGGGCCAAUGAGCAUAGAUAUGAAAUACAACUAAAAAGCUUUAUGCAGUGUGGGGAACUUUUAGUGUCAAAGCAAAUAAUUACCAAUGUAACCCUUUUCCCUGUUGUCAAAUAACUCUUCUUUUGUGCUCCUGUACAAUCUUGGAUGAAAGUUGUUUUGAGAGAUGUAGAUGGAUAAAUAAUAUUACACUGCAGCAAAUGUUUGGUUAAUGCAGCAUGUCCUGAUAGUUAUUUAAUAAUUCUGUGGUGGAAUUUGUUUCUUCUUUUUUGAGUUUUAUAAAAUGUCUGGGGCUGCAUGGUGGCGCAGCGCCGGGGCCCCGGGUUCAGUUCCAGACCUGGGGUUCUGUCUGCGUGGAGUUUGCAUGUUCUCCACGUGCUGGUGUGGGUGCUCCAGGCUCCUCUCGUGGUCAAGUAUGAGACUGCCUUGCACCCGUAGCCUGCCAGGAUAGGCUGUGGCUCCCCUGCAACCCUGGAUUAGGAAAGCAGUUGGAUGGACGGGUUAAAAUAUCUCCAUCUAGCAUGAUGAGCACCAUCCUGUGAAAAGAUAACUGAUCUGAAUUUACAGCAUCAGUGAAAUGAAGGUUCGUUGAAGAACUUUGCUCAGCUAAGUGUUAGGAGUACCUUUAUUAGGGAUGAGCCUUAUAUUAACCCUUCAUGCUGCACAGUGGCCUGCAAAUAUCUUUAUCUGCUGUAAAAAUCACAGUUCUUCCCCUUGAUUCUUUUCUUGAAUCAAUGCAGAUGAAUGAGAACUUUUGUAUUUAUAUUUAAAUAAAGGUUUGCUUUGUUAAACAUUGAUUUGAGCGGUUUAAGUAAUGCUAAAGCUUAUGUACAUUUAUUGGAUCUUUACAAAAUAAAAUCCAUAGUUUGCCAA